UUACUCGUGCGAUCAAUUGCAUUGCUCAGCACUGAAAAUUAUGAGCAUAAUAUAAAGAGUUAUCGACAUUCGUUAAAUGAAAACAAGUAAUGAAAGAAGAGGCCUGGCAUCUGUAACACUUGUACUUCGAUUAACGAAAAGCGAUCUCUGACUUUUAUGUAGUUUUUGAAGGAUUCAGCGUUGUUUUCAAAGUGUAAGGUGAAUAUUCAUGUCCAUUCAAAGUGCGUGUCCAAAUUAGGCCGUUAUGUCACCCGCGCUGAAGUCAAAAAAACGUGAGCGCUGUGAUGCUGAGGAAUCAAAGAGCACUGACAGUGAAGAAGAAGGAUCUUAUGCUGACAAAGCUAAUGGAUUAUUGUCUUCGAUCAAAACUUUUUUGUGGUCAGGUGGAGACAGUGAAAUCCAAAGGCAGGCGAAACGAAGAAGAUUGGAAUGUGUUGAUCAAAAUGGCAACGAUUCCUUUAUCACUCAGACGCCUGAACGGGCAAGCUCUGCAUAUCAAUUUACCAGCAUCCCUAAAUCAGUUAAAGGCGGCGGUCAGCUUAAUGGAAAUGGUGAAAGCUAUGAAGGGGAUACAUUCCCUGGUGAUGAAGGCCCCACGGGAAAGUCAGAAAGGAAGUCAAUACUUGGGACGUUAUUUUCUCCAGUGUUUUCCCUGUUUUCUAAAAAUGGCGUAAAGGAAGAGGAUAAUUCGAUGGGGAUUACUGACACACGUGGCAACGACAUAGAUUCGACGGAAGGUGCUGAGAAUGAAGUAAAAGAGAAAGAGCGGCAUGUAAUCAAUGGAUAUGAGUACACUGCUGUUAGGCCCGCCACUACAUAUCAGGAUGAUCUCGAUGUCUUCGACCCUUUUUAUUUUAUAAAGCAUGUCCCUCCUCUUCCUAUGGAACUCCAAAACCGUCCACCAGUUCUUCCAUUAAAGACCCGGAAAACUAGAGACAUGUCACUUGUUUUGGACUUAGAUGAAACCCUGGUCCAUUGUAGCUUGACAGCCUUGCAGGAUGCAGCUGUCACCUUUGAAGUAUUAUAUCAAGAUGUAAACUACCAAGUAUUUGUGAGGACUCGUCCAUAUAUGCUACAAUUUUUAGAGAAGGUCUCUAAGCUAUAUGAGGUUAUACUUUUCACAGCUUCACAAAGAGUUUAUGCAGAAAAAUUGCUAAAUAUCAUUGACCCAAAGAAGAAGCUGUUUCGCCAUCGUUUGUAUAGAGAACACUGUGUUUAUGUUGAGGGAAACUACAUCAAAGAUUUGUCAAUUCUAGGCAGGGACCUUAGCAAAACAAUAAUGAUAGACAACUCUCCUCAAGCAUUUGCUUACCACUUGUCAAACGGCAUCCCAAUUGAAAGCUGGUUUGUGGACAAAAAUGACUGUGAGUUGUUGGAGCUCAUACCGUUUUUGGAAAAGUUGGCUGAAAUUAAAGAAGAUGUCCGUCCACAUAUAAAAGACAGAUAUAGAUUGCAUGAGAUGCUGCCAGACUAAAAUUUCUAAUGGAACGUGACAAUGAACGGAUCAGAUGUUGGUGGAUAACAUAUUGCUGUAAGUAGCCAGGAAGCCAAUUAUAAACCUCAUGUCUUUCAGUGACAGGAAUUGUUAAAGGCUGCAAUUUUUGCAUUGAAUUUUGUAUAGAUAAAGAUAUAGAAAAGGUAUUACUCAUGUAUUUUACUCAGAGAUGUAGUCAUAAUUCUUGUGGGUAGCAAAAAUUUUGAUAGAGCGCAUAUAUACAUGUAUAGUUAAUUAUGCUCUUAGUUUCAGUCUUUCUUAUUUUUUUGUAUUUAUCUGUAAUCAAGAUAUAAUUUCUGGGGCUUUUACUUGCAAGCAAAUAUAUUGCAGACCCAUUUUUACCCUGAUCAAUUCAUAAGACCUGUAAGCUAUACUCAUCAAGUUUUAAAGAUGUUAUUUUCUUAUAAUUUUACUAGCAGUUGACUUUAAUUGAAAAUUUGAAAUGUAUCCCUGGCCUUUGUAUAUGAUAUUUGAAAUAUUUUUGUGCAAAUGACUGCCUCCAUUGUUCAAGAUACCUGUAAUUGCUCCAUUAACAAUAUUGCUAAAUAUAGAGGGAUAGUGUUCUGCCUGAGCUUACUUCAUCCAAUAUGAACCAAGAUUGCAAAAGCUUGUUGAAAGCCACACUGCCAGUCUAUAUUUUUUCCCAUAGAUCUGGGAAGACAGACCCUGUAAUUUCACAUUUUGCAUUUAUACAAUGUAUAAAUUAUGUUUUCUUUGUUUUUAGUGAAAUUAUUGUUUUUAACUUUUUAUGGCUUUUUGCAACAUUAGCAUACAUAUAAAAGUAGGGUGAUGUAGCUUAUGUCUGUUAUGUAAUAUAACUUUUUAAAGCUUAAAGCUAUGAAGGUCAGUUUUGUUUAUUUAAGGUUUUUUCCAGUCAUAAACAUGUUGCUUCUAGUUCUUACCUUCCAGGAAAAAUAUUGACUAUUAAGCUUUAUUAUGAGACUUUUAAAGCACCCUGUGACCAAAGAAGUCUAUUGGUCAAACAUAUUUCAUUUUAUAGAAUUUUAUAGAAAAAUGCAUUUGAGAAAAAAUGUUUGUUGUUGAAAUUUCUCUGUGUGUAUAUAAAUGAUUAGGGCUAGAAUACUAAUAAUGGAUCUAGUAUAGAACAGGUAGAAUAAAUUUCUUUCAUUUUUCUUGCUUUUUGACGAUCCAUCUGAAACCCCAAUGCAGUUUGAUUUCAUAAGAAUAUUCUUUUGACUGUAAAUUUUUGCAGCAAGGUUAUCUAUUGAGAAUAUUGUCAUGCUUUUUAAAAAAUUUGAACCAGAAGCCAGUCACUUACAUUGUCACUAUUCUGUAAAAGUUUGUUUUUUAUUCUUUUUACCAUGUGUGAUAUAAGCUGAGUUAUUUAACAGGUUGUUAGUAAUUUUGGCUUAUAGUAAAAUGAAUAUAUUUCCUAUUAAAAUUUGUUUUGUUCUUUAAAAAGUUUUGUUUAGCAAUAGAUGUAGUAUAUGAAUAAUAGAUAAUAGAAAAU